AUGAAUAGAAAACUGCAUUUAACUUUUCUCGUAAUUAGUGGAAUAGUAGUUGUGUGUGAUUCAAAACAAAGAAAACCUAAUGAGAAUGUUCAGUUUCCACCAUUUGACGAAAAACUGUAUGAGGAAGUGCUAAAUCCAGAAUAUUGUCGAAGACAAACAGAGUAUAUAAGAAGAAAUGAUACACUCUUACUGGCGAAAUUUCUUGACGCUGGCUUACGAAUACCAAAGGGUAUCACAUUGGGCAAUACUAUUGAAUUGGGUAACUAUUACCAGUGCUUAGGAAUUAAGGAAAACGUUACCGAUAUGAAUAUUCAGGGCAAAUAUUGCAUGAUACAAAUGACAUUAAAUCAAGAUCAGCUAACCCAAUUUUUAUCGACAUCACAAUUGCCAGAAAGAGACCAAAGCUUACGUUUAUCAGAAACUAUUCUAAAUUAUUUGAAAAAACAGAAGGACAUGAACGUUUUCCAAAAUUCCAUUUUCGGGCGCAAUAUCAAUUCUCAAAGAAUGGGGUCAGACAGUCAAAUAUCUAACACGAAAUACUCAUUAGCUGUAUGCAUACCAGCAGCAUGCACUACACAAGAGGGCAUUAAUGCUCUUUUAUUCAAUAUCAGUGCUAUUGGCUUGGAGUACACCGAAAACUUUUGUCGUCUUCCCAACGAUAAACUGUGGGCACCUGUUGAUUACGUCGCCAUCGCAAUUUUCUCUAUAAUUGGAAUUUUAACUUUUCUAAGUACAUCUUACGAUAUAUAUUAUACAUGGAUUCUCAAAAGCGAUAAGCGAAACAAGAAUUCCCUAUACUUCUGUUGCUCUGUGUAUUCUAACACGCAACGUCUACUGACAUUUACUUCUGGACCUGACUCCUUAGAAUGUAUUGACGGUAUCAGGGCGUUGGCAAUGGUAUGGGUCAUUCUGGGUCAUACCUUUUACUCAUUACCAAAUAAUUUAAACCCUGUUGAUGCUUUACUAUGGUCAAUUUCACCUAAUGCCAUUUGGGUGACGUCAGCUCCUAUGACCGUCGAUACAUUUUUUUUGCUGAGUGGAUUGUUGCUAGUCUAUUCUACUGCAGGAAAAUUAACAGGGGAAAAACUCAUAAAGAAUAUACAUUUAUUCUAUCUCAAUCGCCUUUUGCGAAUGUUCCCCGUGCUAGCUGCAAUGGUACUUUUUGAAGCUUCGUUAUAUAAUCGUGUUUCUGACGGUCCCUUAUGGGAAGGCGCGGCUUCAUAUGUAGUAAGAUGCAGGGAGUACUGGUGGUCGACUCUUCUACAUAUUCAGAAUUUUGUCAACCCACAGGACCUCUGUCUUGGCGUAUCGUGGUAUCUAUCUUUAGAUGUUCAGUUGCAUAUUCUGUCACCCAUAGUACUUUUUUGGGUGCUUAGUACCAGAAAAUAUCAUUCAUGGGUAGCCCUGACGUUUGCAAUGUUGAGUGUGCUUACAGCUUCUACCAUAUACAUUUUCUACAUGAACAUGCCGUCUGGAAUAAUUUCACCUAAUCGAACUGAGGAAAUGACAGAUUUUUUUCUGAAGUACUAUAUUAAUAUAUUGACGCGUGCGUCACCUUUUUGCGUCGGUAUGAUUAUUGGCUAUAUUUUACACUCUUGGAGAGGAAAGAAACCAAAAAUCUCUACGGUUUUACUAUUGCUAGUUUGGUGUGCGACUUUCCUACUAUUAGGGGCAAUAAUAUACUGCACGAAUAUAAGUAUGCAGUUUGAUUGGGACAAUCAGCUUGCUGACAAUAUUUUCAAUUCUUAUUUGAGACCUUUAUGGGCUUUGGCCUUGGCCUGGAUUAUUUUUGCUUGUGUAAAAGGAUUUGGAGGUCCCAUUAACUGGUUUCUGUCACUACAAGUGUGGAAGCUACCGGCACGACUGUCAUACGCCAUGUAUAUUAUUCAUUAUUCCGUCAUGGUUGCCUAUUACUACUCUGCAGUUACACCGAUUUAUUUUACCUUAUCUGCUUUAAUGUUUAACUUCUUUGCUUUCUUCUUCCUUACAUUUUUACUGGCUUUUGCUGUCACAGUAGUCAUUGAUGCACCAUUCUCAAUACUUAUCAAGAUGCUUCUAAGUAAAGGAACUAAAAAGAGUGCAAAUAUUCCGGAUAAAAAAAAGAGCAUAGAAAAUGGCAUAGCUCCUGCAGAGGUUAAAGUAAGCUCUAUAAAUCCAGCUUUUAUUUCCGACGAAGAUAAAUCAACUUCUGUAUUAAGAUAA